AUGCCUAUUAAAAACACAUCCCCUCGUUUCAUCUCAGACGCAAUACUAUUCUUCUCCCAUAACCCCAAAUUAGAAAGGAAAAGAAAAACCAAAAUACGACCACCUCCGGCGCCGGCGGUUUCUUCCGGCGAACCACCGCUGACAUCUUCAACUUCGAACUCCACGUGCAGUCCCCACGUUUGCAGGUGGCAGCCUUACACAAACUCAAACAAUUUUCAAGAUAAUGUUGCUACGGUCUUAAUCAUUCUCUUCUGCGCUUUAAUCUGCUCCGUGGUUCUUAACGCCACCAUCCGCUGCUUCUUACGCGGCAUUCUCGGCGGGGGUGAACACCACCCGUGGCGUUUCGGCGUCGGCAGACACCUUCCUCGUACCCAGCAGGAGCUCGGGGAGAGAAAGCCUGUCCCGGAGGCAGGCACAUCGCGCCUGGUGGUGGUUCCAACAGUGGUUUACUCGGGUGGUAUGAAGCUCGCCGGAGCGGAGGGUGGUGAACCGGAAUGUGCUAUUUGCCUGUCGGAGUUAGAGGAGGGCGAUGGAAUUCAAGUGUUGGCUAAAUGUAAACAUGCUUUCCAUGUACAAUGUAUUAAGAGGUGGUUGGUUUCGAACUCCUCCUGUCCCACUUGCCAUUGUAGUUGUCUUCCGCCGUCGCUGACACCGGAAGAAACUACUCAUCAACGCAUAGACGAUGGCUCCCGGCGAUGCCGGACCAGGAACCAUAGCAAGAUUUGGUUGCUCUUUUGUAUACCGUACCUGAUUAGCGUAAUCCAUUUGUUCUUCCGAUUACCUUCCUGAUCAAAAUCUCCUACAUAACUCGGGGAUACCUGAGUUUCCACCAAAACAAAGAAACCGAUUGUAAAAACACACACACACACAAACAAGUUGCCGGAACAGUAAACUAAAAUAUAGGAAACCCGAGUUGAGAGUGAAGUGAAGAAGAUUAA